UGGGUGAAUGUCUCCUUUUACACGACUAGCGAUUGCCAGUCCAGUACUAAACCACUGGCUGUGUAGCUGCCCUGGAAAUAGGGCACAUAAACAGUGACAGGCACGUGACCGCGGGCAGUCAAAGUGGGCGGGGCCGUUCCUGUAGCAGCUGCUGGUGCCUGGAUGGGAUCAGUACGUACAAAGUGCCGGGGAACUGAAGUCCUGCAAACACUUUCUAGCUUCACCGUCCCAGCACCGGGGAAAACCAGCUUGCCUAUGUGGGUGCAACAUGCCGGGGGCCGGGCUCCUUCCCCUGGGCGCUUUUCUGCUCCUGCUCUCCGCUGCUUCUCUCUGCACAGGCCUGAAGUGUGUGUGCCUGCUAUGUGAGAACACAAACUACACCUGCCAGACAGAAGGGGCCUGUUGGACAUCUGUGAUGCUCACCCAUGGGAAGGCGGAGGUGCUUAAAUCCUGUAUUUCACUGCCGGAAUUUAAAGCUCAGGUUUUCUGCCACAGUUCUAACAAUAUCACCAGGACCGAGUGUUGCCUGUCAGAUUUCUGUAACAAUAUAACACUCCGACUGCCGGCAGUGACUCCGGGAGUGUCCCAUAUGGGCCAUGUGGAACUGACAGUUAUCAUCACUGUAUGUAUAUGCCUCUUGUCAAUAGUCAUAAUGGGGACUGCAUAUGUCUGUCAGGGCCGCUACUGCACUAAGAAGAAAUCCAGGCGGCAAUGUGUUGAGGAGCCUCUUACAGAAUGUCCCUUGGAUAUUGCUGGGAAGUCACUUAAAGAUCUUAUUUAUGACAUGACAACUUCUGGAUCUGGGUCGGGUUUGCCUCUGCUGGUCCAAAGAACUAUUGCAAGGACUGUUGUCAUUCAAGAAAUUGUCGGCAAAGGACGAUUUGGAGAAGUGUGGUGUGGAAAGUGGUGUGGGGAAAAUGUGGCUGUAAAGAUCUUUUCCUCUAGGGAUGAAAGGUCCUGGUUCCGGGAGGCUGAGAUAUAUCAGACAGUUAUGCUAAGGCAUGAAAAUAUCCUUGGCUUUGUUGCUGCUGAUAAUAAAGAUAAUGGCACUUGGACUCAGCUGUGGCUUAUUUCAGAAUACCACGAACAGGGUUCCUUGUUUGAUUACCUAAAUCGCAACACUGUAACUAUUGGUGGAAUGAUGAAACUGGCACUGUCUAUAGUCAGUGGGCUGGCACACCUACACAUGGAAAUUGUUGGUACUCAAGGGAAACCUGCCAUUGCUCACAGAGAUCUAAAAUCCAAAAAUAUUCUAGUGAAGAAGAAUGAAACUUGCUGCAUUGCAGAUCUGGGUCUGGCUGUGAAACAUGAUUCCAUAACUAAUUCAAUAGAUAUCCCUCAAAAUCCUAGAGUAGGAACCAAGAGGUAUAUGGCACCGGAAUUGCUGGACGAUUCAAUAAACACAUAUCACUUUGACUCGUUCAAAUGUGCAGACAUCUAUUCCCUUGGCCUGGUGUACUGGGAGAUCGCCAGGAGAUGUUCAGUGGGAGGAGUUGUUGAUGAAUACCAGUUGCCUUAUUAUGACAUGGUGCCUUCAGACCCUUCUUUGGAAGACAUAAGGAAGGUGGUCUGUGAGCAGAAGUUGCGACCCAGCAUACCAAAUCAGUGGCAGAGUUUUGAAGCUUUGCGAAUCAUAGGCAGAAUAAUGCGGGAAUGUUGGUAUGCCAACGGAAAGGCCCGACUGACCUCCCUUCGCAUUAAGAAGACCAUCUCUCAGCUUUGUGUCGAAGAGGAUUACAAGCUGUAAAAUGGGAUACUGCCCAAAAUACACAAACUGAUAAUGCUGUACUUGGGUCGGCUUGUAUUUGUUCUACCUCAGAAGUAGCAAGUGCCAGGCGAACAUACCAAGAAAUGGCUCUGAUGGCAGCUUCUUGGUGACUGCGGUUCGUAAGCAACUCGGCUGUUAAACUUUUUUAUGGUAUUAUUGGGAAAUGUAUUUGCUAGAAAAAUAUGGUCAGAUAUACUGUAAUAUAUUGAACCUGCAAUGGCCUUAAAGCUAAAUAACUCCUGCCCCCCCCCC